CUGUUAAAUAAUGUAACCUCACUGUGUUAGAUACAUGACUUGAACAUUUUAAAGCCAUCUAAUAAAAAAAUAACCUCAAAAUGAGCGAAUCACUUUUUUCCGAAAUUAUUGCAUAUCACGAAAAAAAAGACAACAAACUGUUUGUUACUUCUAAUUCGGAAUACCUUAUCAACUCUCAUGAUUGUUUCAUACAAGAAGGAAAUUUUGGAGUUUGCAUACGAGGUUUAGAAAGAAAACUGGGGACGAAGAAGAGAACUUGGACGCAAACUGAAGUUGGUGUUAAAAUAAUUAAAGUUCGAGACGAGCCAAAUUUAAGUCAUGAGUACGAAAUCAUAAAGAAAUGCCAAGGACAUCCAAAUAUUGUUGAUGUGAAAGACUACUUUAAAAACGAAAAAUUUGAGUAUCUUGUCAUGGAAUAUUUGGAGGGCGGCGACUUAUUUGAAUUUAUUAAUCGUCAAAAGUGCUACUUGGAAGAACAAGCAGUGAAAUUAUAUUUCCGUCAAAUUCUAGAAGGUGUGAAAUUCAUUCAUUCCAAAGAUAUUUUGCAUAACGAUUUGAAAGCAGAAAAUGUUGGUUUUAAAAAUGGCCAAUUGAAAAUUAUUGACUUUGGAUCUGCAACCAGUCAAGAAGAAAUACUAAACAACUUUACUUUGCCAUAUGCUUCUCCAGAAAUUUUAAAAGGAAAAAAGUGCAGUGUACUUUCUGAUGUAUGGUCUUUAGGUGUUUUACUAUGCUUUAUGUUAUAUGGAGAACUUCCCUUUGGUAUACCUGAAGACAACGAAGAAGAAGAAAGACAUAAAAUUUCUACACUAAUCAAGACGGGAAAAAUGUUAGUGAAGUUAGAUUCUGAAAAUAUAUCAUCAGAGGCAAAUUCUUUAAUGAAGAAAAUGCUUUGUAAUACUUUGUCGAAACGUUUAUCAAUCAAUGAGAUAUUUAAUCACACCUGGAUGCACCAAGAUCAAAGCAAAAUAAAAGAAAACAUUGCAGUUCCUUCUAGUAAUAUCAUUUCUGAAAAACGUACUCGACGACCACCAAACAGACUUCGUGAAACUCCAGAAUUUCAAUCCAUUUUCAAAAAACCUACUCAAAAAAAACCACGGAAAAAUUAAACUCAGAUUCUUAGAAAAAUUAAUGAAGAUUCAAAAGAAAAUCCACUUAAUCUGCUUUUUGUUGCUAUUUUUAAUCUUACUUUUAAAAUAAUAAAAUGAAGUCUGUGAUCAUUCAUUUCCAGUAUUUAUCAGUUUUUUUUUUGCUUAGCAUUUUUAAAAAUAAUUUCAAAAUUUGAUGCAUCAAAAAACGAAAUGUAACUCGAGGAUGUUCACAGUGCGC